AUGCUAGUGACAUUGAAACUUAAUAGUGUGAUUCUUGUGGAUUCUUCUUCAAAUUUUUCUUUCCCUUACCUCAAGUCAUUGGAACUUGUAUUGGUGAAGUACCCUGGUGAGGAAUUCUUAAAGAGGCUUUUAUCCAGUUGUCAUGUUCUUGAAGACUUACAUGUGGAACACGGUCCAGAUGACAAUGUGACUACCUUCACCGUUAGAGUACCUUCUCUAAAGAAGUUAGUCGUGUAUACACCAAAAGACGUAGAUGAAGAAGCUAUUGAUGAUGAUCAUGGCUUUGUGAUAGACGCUCCUUCUUUGGAGCACUUGGACAUUCUUGAUCAUCAAAGUAGGUUCUGUGUCAUUGAGAAUAAUAUGCCUAAGAUGGAAAAGGCAGAUAUCGACAUUGCUUGCUUUCUUCCUGGAAAGAUUCUAGGGUCUAUUACUUCAGUCAAGCAUCUCAGUUUAUGUUUAUUCAGUUCAAAGGAUGCAUAUCCUCCUAGUUGUGUCUUCUUCUCUCUCGUACGUUUAAUAAUAUGCACAUGUGACACAGAGUGGGUGAAUCUGCUAAUGUUUUUGCUGAGUUCUUCCCCUAAUUCACGAGCUCUCGAACUUGAACAGUGCUAUACCCGUGAAGAGCUCGCGUGCUGGAGUGAACCAAGCUUAGUUCCUGAAUGUCUAUUAUCGAGUCUUGAAAAUCUCGAGUGGGAAAACUAUGAAGGAACUGAAGUUGAGAAGGAAGUAGCAGUAUUUAUCUUAAGAAACGGAAACUGCUUAAAAAAGGCAAAUAUUUACUCUAAAUUCACUGACCUUCGCAAGCAACUUGAGAUGAUCAAGGAGUUGUCAUUGUCUCCAAGGGGUUCACGUACUUGUCAGCUUCUAUUUGAUUGA